AUGAUUGAAUGCUUUAAUGCAAUAUAUGAAGAUGACGAAAGUUUAAUUGAUGAUGAUUGUUUUACAAAUAACGGAAAAUUAAAUAAACUAAAUGAUUUUUUUUUUAAUCGUUAUCUUUUCAUAAACUUUAAAAAAAUAAUUUUUUACAUUUCCCAAAAAAGGUGUUUAUCAUUUAAGUUUUUAGAACAAAACAAAAUAUGUGAACAAGUAGGUGGAAAGAAAAUUAAAUACAGAAGAAGGGAAAAGAACAGAAAAGAAUUAUAUAAAACUGUUAUGUAUGCGACAAAAAGAAAUAUAAAUGAAGCAUUUUUUUUCAAUUUAGACAGAGGAAAAGAAAACAUAAAUAACCCAUAUUUUAACAAGUAUGAAUAUUAUGUCAAAAUAAAAAAUUUACAAAAAAAGAAGAGGGAAUUUUACAACCCUUUGCAGUGGAGGGUUAUGUACAAAAAUGCUUAUAUAGUUGGACAUAUAAAUAAGUCCUUUUUUAAUAAUAAAAUAGAGAGAAAAGUACGUAAAUUAUAUUUAAAUAUAUAUAUACUCAAUGAGGAUGUAUCUACGCUAUUGCAAAAUAUUUUAAGGAUGAAAAAAAAUCUUUUUUAUACAAAUUAUAAAGUUAUAUCUCUAGAAAAUUGGAAAGCGCUUAACUUACCAUUUCUCAUAUUUUUAUUGAAAUAUAAUAAGAAAAAAUUAAAUAAAUUUCAAGUUAUUCUUUUAAUAUUUAACAGUCAUUAUGAAUACAACAAAUGGAAAAGUGUCAAGAUAACAUGUCGACAACAACAACUGUACUUAUUUACGUAUGCAAAUGAUUCCAAAAAUUGUGAAAAAACGAAAGAACACAAUUUUUUCUUUUGUUUAUUCUGGUGUACAAUUUUUAAAAAAUAUAUUUCAUAUAUUGUUGAAGGAGUAAAUAUUCUUAAAGAUAUAAAAAAAGGAAUGUUGAUACGAGGCUACCAUUUCGCUAAUGCUUUUCUCAAAAUAAACGAGUUUAUAUGUAUUUUAUGUUGUCACAAUAUACAAGAUCAAAAAAUAAAAAAAAUAAAAAAAGAGAAAUGUGCAUUCUUACACAUACUGAAGCAAAUUUUUUUCAAGAGAAUUAAUUCUAAGAAGGAACUAAAAUGUAAGAACUUGGAUAAGGGAAAGUAUGAUGUUUAUAACGUCGAUAUGUGUUUGUUAGGUCAAAAUAUAUUUCAAUUUAUUAGUUAUAAUCGUAACAACAUGAUUAUCAUUAAAUAUAAAAAAGGAAAGCACAAAAUGUGUAUGCGCAAAAUAUCAGAAAUGGACAUAUUGUUUUAUCUGAAAUUAUGUAAUUUUCAGAAUUUUUUAUUUUUUUUUACAUUUUCAAAAUUACAAUAUAUUUUUAAAAAAUAUAGGAUGAUUUACAAAUGGAACGGUUCCCAUAACUUCUACAGGUGGCUAGACGUAAUAACCAUUUUAAGUAAACCUCUUUUCAAAUAUAUAAUAAUAAUGUUAUUUAAAAUAUUAAAAAUAAUAUUAAUAAUAAAAAUGAUAAUAAAAUUAAUAUUAAUGAUAAGUAUAAUAAUAAUGGAAGUAAUCAAAAAGGAGGUACUUUUUUUUUUACAAUUUACUUAUACGCGUAUUUAUAAAAUAUAUUUUCCAACCAAUCAGUUAUUAUUGAUUAAUAUUUUAGAUUUUGAUAAGAGAGCAUCUAUAAAAUUUGGGUGUUUGAGGUGCAGUAUUGCCCCCCAUUUGGACUAUAAUGUAAUUAUUUACUCCUUUUUUGUAUUACUGAAAAAUUAUAAACAAUUUAGUGCUCUCAAAAUAUGGAAAAAUGAUAAUUUAUUCUAUCGUUUAAAUAUUGGAGUGGGUAAUAAAUGUAUUGCCACCACACAUGGAAGGGAAGAAGUACAAACAUUAAAGGAUAUUUCACCAUUCACUGAUGUAAGGUUUAAUUUUCACUUUUUGCGUAUUUUUAUAGAUGAUUCAAAUUUUUAUUUAAAUAACAUAGACAGAAUUAUUAUUGAUUGUUCAAGCAAAGUUGUCAGACAUUAUUUCCCUUCCACUUUCUCGUCCGUUUUUCGCAGUGGGUGCAAUAAAGAUUUAUUUCAUCUAUUUGUACUGUUAGUUUUUGAUUAUUUUCCAUAUUCAUUAUAUUUUUAUGAGAAAAAUAAAAAAAGGGAAGUAUUGUUAUAUUAUUUCCUAUAUAUUAUGAUAAACUAUUUAACAUCUAAGCUUUUCUAUUUUUUACACAUUCUACAUUUUGUAUUUUCUUCGAUUAAAUUUUGUAUAAAUGCUUUAAUAAUUUUUUUAAAGUAUAAAGUGUCUACAUUUUUCCAAAUAAGAAUUAAAAAAGAGGAAGAUAAUUUAUUAGUUUUUUUCAAACCAGAGAAAAUAAGAGAAUUUUAUAUGCACAAUUUUAAUCAAGCUGUACAAAAAGGAAAAGAUAUACGUGACAGAAUAAAUCUUUCAAUAAACAAAAAGAAAUUUUUACGAAAUGCGAAUAUGUCUAGUUCGUGCGAUGAAUCAAAAAUGGAGAAGUAUAAUCGAAGAAUGAGUACGAAUGACCCAUGGAUUUAUGGUGUGCAUGUUAAUGAGGAUGCUAAAAAUUAUAAGAAUCAUAAGAAGAGAACAUGCAAUUAUGUCGAUUCUGAAAAAUCAGACGAAGAGCCUUAUAAUUGGACCAAUCAAUUGAGUCCUGCUAAUAUAUUUUCAAAAAAAAAUGAUACUCUUUUUAGGUACACAAAAUGGAGGGUAUUAAAAGAUUACUGCAAAUAUAAGAGCAACAAAAACAAAAAAAAGAUUAUUUAUAAGAGAAGGGUAAAAAUAAAAAAAAAUGGGAAAAUACAUGUUAAGCAUCUAUUACCACUAUUGUUUCUUAACGAAGUAGCAUAUUUCAGGCAUGCACAUGAAUACAAGCCUUGUCAGUCAUUAAUUAUGCCGUUCAAAUUACUGGUAUUCUCGUCGGAUAAUUCUAAUAAUAUAUCAUCAAGAAGAAAAAAAACUGAAAGUCAUUCAAACAGAAGAAAAAAUAAAAAAAAUAAAAUAAAUGAACAAAAAGAAAAUAAAGAAAAAGAACGAAAAAAAAAAAAUAGUAGUAAUGAUUCAGAUUCUGAUAUGGACUCUGACUCUGACUCGGAUUCAGAUGAUGAUGAAGUGGAAGAAGAAGAGGAAGAGGAAGAGGAGGAAGAUGAGGAGGAAGAGGAGGAAGAUGAGGAGGAAGAGGAAGAAGAGGAAGAAGAGGAAGAAGAGGAGGAAGAGGAGGAAGAGGAAGAAGAGGAGGAAGAGGAAGAGGAGGAGGAAGAAGAGGAAAAAGAAGAUGAAGAAGAGGGAGAGGGAGAGGAGGAAAAAGAAGAUGAAGAAGAGGGAGAGGGAGAGGAGGAAAAAGAAGAUGAUGAAGAAGGAGACGAAUUUGACAAUGAUGACGAGGAUGAGGAAGAGGAGGAAGAACAAGAUAAAGAUGAGGAAGAUAAAGAAGAUGAAGACAAAGAAGACGAAGAGGACGAAGGGAAUGAAGAGAAUGAAGAGGAUGAAGAACCGCGCGAAACGGAAGAUACAGACGAUAAUGAAGAAGAAUACAAAGAAGACGAAGUUGAAACGGACGAUGAGAAAGAUGAAGACGAAGGGGAAGAUUCCUUUAACGACAAUGAACGGAAAAACAGGAAAAAAAAAAAGAAAAAAAUUAAAAAUAAAAACAAUAAUAAUAAAAAUAGAAAGAGAAACAGAAAUAAAAACAAAAAAUGCAAAUAUGAGCAUAACGGAGUCGAAAACAAUGCUUCGGAUGAGGAAAUUCAGAAAGAAGAAGACAGUUAUUAUAAUAAAAAAAAAAAAUUGUAUCUUAAAAGGACAAAUAAAAGAUUCAAACAUAAUUAUAUAUAUUUAAAAAAUUUAUUUAAAGAACAUGUCUGCAUAAAUACAACAAAUGUAUCCAAUUUUAUAUCUGUUAGUAAAGAUAAGCUAACAGCGACAUAUACAGCUUGGGGGAAACACACGGAUAUUGCAUGUGUUCAAGUAAACAAAUGUGCCUUAAGAGACUGUAGUAUAUACUAUUUUGAAGUAGAAGUUUUAAAUUGUACAAACUUUUCCAAAAUUGUUAUUGGCAUGACAAGCAAAAAUUAUACUAUUAAUAAAAAUCCUGGUUCAGAAUAUAAUUCAUUUGGAUAUAAAAAUGAUGAUGGUAAAAAAAUUAUAGAUGGAAAAAUUGAAAAUUAUUGUAACUCAUAUACAAAAUAUGAUAUCAUUGGUUGUGGUAUUAACUACUUUGACAAUAGUGCCUUUUUUACAAAGAAUGGAAAAUUUUUAGGUAAAGCAUGUAAUAUAAAUUCAAAAUAUGAUUAUUAUGCUACUGUUGGUUUAAGUACCUUAGGAGAUCGUAUCAAAUUUCAUUUGAAUAAUUUUUAUUUUGAUGUUUAUAAUUUAAUAUAUGAAGAAAAUGAAAAGGAAAGAAAAAUUAUUAAAUCUGUUUAUAUUCAAAAGGACAUUUUUUCGGAUAUUAUAAAAUCUCAUUUGAUCAAAUGUGGUUAUUUAAACACGUAUAAAUCUUUUGUUAACUUUUUAGAAAAAAAUAAAAAUUCAGAUGACAAUAACAGUGUUGGAAGUUCUUCUAAUUCUAAAAACGAAAUAGAUAAAUUUUUUAUGAACAAAACUGAUUUACCUAAUGUUUUAGAAAAAAAGGUAGUAGAUGAGUCAUCGCAAAAUAUCAGUAAUAAUCAUGAAGACAAAGAAAACAAGAAAAACGUUACAGAUGAAACAAAAAAAAAAAUGGACAUCAUCAUAAAGAGCAAUAAUGCAAAGGAUAAUGCAAAUAUUUUUGUGGAAAAUACUACAGCUAAAUGUACUCCUUUGAACGUAGAUAAUACAAAGAACAGCAGCAAUAAUGACAAUAUUAGCAGUGUUGAAUUAAAAAAGGAAGGAUUAAUACAUAGAGAAAAUGAUAACAAUACGGAAAACACAGAAGAAAAAUGUAGGACUGAUCAUAUUAAAAAGGAAGAAGACACUUUCACACCAAUUAAUAGUAAUUCCUCUAUUAAAAAUACAGUAGAUGUUGACGUACCAAAAUAUGUAAGCCUCCUUAGUGAAAAUAUCCCAGAAAAGGAAGGUAAAGUUUCAAAGGAUGAGGGAAGUACGAAGGGUGAUAAAAAUGUAUUAAGUACAUUCCUAGUCAAGUACCUUGAUGCUUAUGAGAAGUGCGAUGAACAGGGGAAGAGUGACAAGGAGAAGAAUGAUAUGGAGCACAUCGAUAACGAUUCGAGUAAGAUGGAGAUGACCAACAAGGAGACCACGAACAAGGAGUCUACGACCAAAGGAACGUAUAAUCAGGAAAAGAAUGAAGAAUGUACUAGCGCAACUGUAGAAGUGAAAGAAGAUAAAAAAAUGAGCAAGUUGCCUGAUUCCCCCAGUAGCUUAAACAAAAAGGAUGAAAGCAAACUUGAGGAAAAGUCGGAUACAUCAGAAAAAUUGGAAAAAUCAGAAAACUCGUCAGCUACUUUAAUCGUUGCAUCAGAUCAAGCGAAAGGGAAUAACAAACUAAUUGUUUCUGAAACUGGAAAAAGUGGAAAAGAUGAAAAUGUAAAUUCCAUAAAGAUCCCAAAUGAACAGAAGCACUCAACGGAGGAAAAUGUGGAAAAAAUGGAGAAAAACCAAAUUAUUGACACCACUUCAAGUAUAUUAAAAUGUUACGACUUUAGUCAGUAUAGUUUCGCAGGUGGUAGCAUACAAAAUUCUCUAUGGGUUUCUAGAAAAAACAGUUUAAGUAAUUUAAUAAAUGUAAGAAAGGAUUCUAGUUCAACUUUAUUAAAUAGAUUAAGAAAUAAAAGAAGUUUAAGUACAAAAGAUAACUUGAAUAUUUUACCUACUAAUUUUUUAAGCACGAAAAAAGAAUCAAAAAAAAAUGAUAGCGAUAUUAAUAAGAAAAUACAUCUCCUCCUUAAAGAUAAAUCGGGUAUUAUUAAAAAUGAAAAAAAAAAAUUAAGUAAAAAGGAAGGAAGUAAAAACUAUUCUACUGAUAAAGAAUAUAUUACAAAAUAUUUUAUGAACUUAUAUUUAUCUGAAGACAAAUUAAAUAAAAUGGUAGACUCGUUAGAAACAAGGUAUCUAAUAAGAAAUAACGUUAUUAAUGGAAAUAUUAUAGAUGUUUUAAAUAUUCUAGAGGAACAAUAUUCUGAUCUAUUUACUAACGCGCAUGCUAGUUUUAAUAUUGCAAUGUUAUACACGCAACAACUGAUAGAAAUAUUAAAGCCGCAUAAAAUAUUUAUAAAAAAAAUAUCUUCAAAAAAAAGAAGAAAAUGUAAAAAAUCGGUAGCUUAUGAUGAGGAAGAGGACUUACUUAGUGAAAGCAGUUAUAAAACAUAUAACACGUUAAGCGAUGAUCGUUUUUAUGAUGACAUUAAGACAGACUAUAAUUCAUCAGAUAGCUUAUUUUGUGAUAGCUCCAAUAAUGAGGAAAAUAAUUAUGCAGCAUUUAAUAUAGAAAAAUUAAAUAAAAGAAGAAACCAAAAAAAGUGCAGCAAAAUUAAUGAUGAAGAAGAUAGGUAUUCCAGGGAUAAGAACAUACUAGCGAGUUAUCGUAAAAAUGGAAAGGAUAAAAGUAGUGAUAGUAGUAGAAGCAAUGGAAGUAGAAGUGGAAGUAUAAGUAGUAGUAGUAACAAGUCAGCCAAUAAGUUAGGAAGGGACUCCUUCGAUAACGGGAACGUGCUUCCCGUUUGUGCUACUAAGCUAAAAGAAAAAAUGAGUAAUAUAGAUAAUAGUUACAGUAAUAGUAAUAAUAAUAAUAAUUUUUAUAAUAAGCAUAAUAAUAAUAAACAUUUAUUAAAUAUAGGUGAUAAAAAAGGUUUGGAACAUGGAAAAUAUACAAGAAAUGAUUGUCAGAAAACAAAAGUAAAUUGUGAAGAAGGGGCUACAAUAUCUCCCAUUAAGCAUACGCAGUUGAAUCACAAUGAUUUUUUAAAAGAAAAAAAAAUUGAACAAAUGUCACUGAGAAGUAUACGAUCUAAUUAUAAUGAAGAAUUUUAUAAGAAAAAUAAUAUGCUAGAAGAAUACGAAGAUCAUUAUAAGAAAUUAUCAAAAGAAUAUGAGUUUUUUAAAGAGGAUAAUCCCUAUAAUAAUAAAUGUAAGAAAGAAUGCUAUAAAACAUUGUACAAGGAAGUAGAAGAAGAGGAGAAAAAACGUUUUUAUUAUAUGAGUUCAAAUGAUGAUAUCACAUCUGAUUAUGAUAGUAAUGAUUCCAACUUUAACGAAAAGUUUUACCAAUUUAAUGAUAUAAAUUUUGACAAAAUAUAUCAAUAUAUUUAUAAAAAUAAUUUUUCACCGAAUAAACAAUUAAAAUUUAAAAAAGAUCAUCUAUAUUUAGCUCUAUUAUGGAUUAAAGAAAAAUUAUCAGUAUUUAAUAAAUCGCCAUUUGUUAACGUUCGACAGUGUAUUCUAGACAGUACUUCCUUAAUAGCUUAUCACAAACCGUAUAAACAAAAACUAGUUCGUAUGUUCUUUUCGAAAAAUAGGAAUUUAUUGACCUUCAAUGCUGUUAAUGAAGGAAUAUUGGAUAUAUGCUUGAAGGUUCCGAUAUAUUCACCUUUGGAAGUUAUGGUUAAACACUUAAUUUUAUGCAGGAACUUGUUAAGAGAAAAAAAAGGUAAUGUAGGUGUUAAAUAUGAUUGUCGUUAUGUAUGUCAGCCGUACAAAAGGUACAUGGUAAAAAUUAAAAAUAACAAAAAAAAAAGAAGAUAUUUUAAAGAAAAUACAAAACAAAAAAAUGAAAAAGGAUCAUUGAACGGAAAACUCAUUGAAGAUAAGAGAUUAUCUAUUUUUCAUUAA